UGGGUGUUUGGUUUGGGUUUUUUUGGUUUUUUUUUUCCUUCUUUCCAAGAGGCUGGGCUUCCUUUUUGGUCCAUAAGCCCUCCUAUUUCCCCCUGCCCCCUGGAUGCCUGCCUACCUUUACUCUAAAAUCCAGAGGAGGAUCCAAUACACUUAGAGUGCCAGCUCUUCCAGAGGUAUCUAAGGAGGCUGACAGGAGUUUGAUGGUCUCUUUUGCAGCCAGUGGCAGCUAAUGUGGUCUGAAACCCUCUCUCUCUUUUUUGCCAUUCACACACAGUACUUACUCUUCAAGCUUGCUGCUGCUGCCACUGCCUGAAAGGACCUGAAAUACCACAUAGGGAAUUUUGAUUUCUUCUGGGGAACCGGAGAAGGGGAAAAAAAACCAAACCAAAAACGCAGGAAAACUCAUCUGGAGAUUGUGAAGAAGACAUACAGUAACAGCAAGAAGUGGCAAGCUCUUUACUUCUUGAACAUCGAAAAAGACCUCAUUUCUCUGCCAGGUGUAUGGGACUUAGAUUCUGGAAGCACUGCACUGAACUGUUAAAGGUAAAUUAUGACCACUUUACUAUUAGUGUUUGUGUGUUUGCAAGUCAUCACCGCAGCCGACUGUGUGGAGCUCUCAGACAGUAGUGAUGGCCUGGAAGUCAAGAUACCUGAGCAGUCUCCCCUGCGUGUUAUCCUGGGAAGCUCCCUGAACAUCCCGUGUUACUUCAACAUCCCAGAGGAGCAGGACACCAGUGUCAUGCUGACCCCCCGCAUCAAAUGGAGCAAGCUCUCCAAUGGCACUGAAGUUGUCUUGCUGGUGGCCACGGGUGGGAAGAUCCGGCUCAACAGCGAGUACAGGGAGGUGAUCUCCUUGCCCAACUACCCCGCCAUCCCCACCGACGCCACGCUGGAGAUCAAGGCGCUGAGAUCCAACCACACUGGGAUUUAUCGCUGCGAAGUGAUGUACGGGAUCGAGGACAGACAAGACACAAUAGAGGUCCUGGUGAAAGGCAUUGUUUUCCACUACAGAGCAAUCUCCACAAGGUACACCCUGAACUUUGAGAAGGCAAAGCAGGCCUGUAUCCAGAACAGUGCUGUCAUUGCUACCCCUGAGCAGCUGCAGGCUGCCUACGAGGAUGGGUACGAGCAGUGUGAUGCUGGCUGGCUGGCUGACCAGACUGUCAGGUACCCCAUCCACUGGCCCCGGGAGCGCUGCUAUGGCGACAAGGAUGAAUUUCCAGGAGUGAGGACCUACGGUGUCCGUGAGCCAGAUGAAACCUAUGAUGUUUACUGCUAUGCAGAGCAAAUGCAAGGCAAAGUCUUCUAUGCCACCGCCCCGGAGAAGUUCACCUUCCAAGAAGCUUUUGACAAAUGCCGCAGUUUGGGAGCGCGUUUGGCCACCACGGGAGAGCUGUACCUGGCCUGGAAGGACGGCAUGGACAUGUGCAGCGCGGGCUGGCUGGCCGACCGCAGCGUCCGCUACCCCAUCUCCAGAGCACGGCCCAACUGCGGGGGCAACCUGGUGGGCGUGAGGACGGUGUACCUGUACAUCAACCAGACGGGCUACCCGCACCCCGACUCCCGCUACGACGCCAUCUGCUACAGCGGGGACGACAUUGAGAGCCUGGUCCCAGGGCAGUUCAUCGAUGAGAUAGGGAGUGAGCUGGGCAGCGCUUUCACUGUCCAGACUGUCACCCAGACUGAGGUGGAGCUGCCUCUGUCACGCAAUGCCACGGAGGAGGAGGCCCGGGGCAGCAUCGCCACGCUGGAGCCCAUUGAGAUCACCCCCACUGCCACCAGGCUCUACGAGGGCUUCACUGCCCUGCCCGACCUCUUCACCAGCGCCGUCACAGUAGAGACACCUGCCACAGAGGAGGAAAAUGUGACCAGGGAGGAUGGCACCGCGGGGUGGACUGUACCUGAAGAAGCCACCACUGUAGAUUUAGGCACUGCCAUCACCACCAUAGCCUUAGGCACUGCUAGUACCACCGAAACAGCAGAGGUGAGCUCGGUGGAAGAGGUCACGGGGGUGACUGCCACCCCAGGACUGGAGUCUGCCUUGGCGUUCACAGAGGAAGAUCAGCUUGUGCGAGUGACAGCUGCCCCCGGCGCCGGUCACCUUCCCGAGCAGCCCAUCUCCCCUACAGGUGUGGUGUUUCACUACCGUGCGGCCACCAGCAGAUACGCCUUCUCCUUUGUCCAAGCACAGAAGGCCUGCCUGGAGAACAGCGCCGUGAUCGCCACCCCCCAGCAGCUCCAGGCUGCCUACGAGGCUGGCUUCGACCAGUGUGAUGCUGGCUGGCUGCGGGACCAGACAGUCAGGUAUCCCAUUGUGAAUCCCCGAAAUAACUGCAUAGGAGACAAAGAGAACACUCCAGGUGUGCGGUCAUACGGCAUGCGCCCGGCCUCGGAGACCUACGACGUGUACUGCUACAUCGACAGGCUCAAGGGCGAUGUGUUCUUCGCAACCCAGCCGGAGCAGUUCACCUUCCCAGAAGCCCAGCAGUACUGCGAGAGCCAGAACGCCACGCUGGCCUCUGUUGGCCAGCUCCACGCCGCCUGGAAGCAGGGUUUGGACAGGUGCUACGCGGGCUGGUUGGCCGACGGCAGCCUGCGCUACCCCAUCGUGAGCCCCCGUCCUGCCUGCGGCGGGGACGCGCCGGGUGUCCGGACCGUGUACCAGCAUCACAACCAGACGGGCUUCCCCGACCCGCUGUCCCGGCACCACGCCUUCUGCUUCAGAGCUCUGACUCCUGUGGAGGAGGAGGGGGUCACCCCAUUCUUUGAAGAUGUGCUGGCAACACAAGUGAUCCCUGGAGUGGAGGGGGUGCCCUCUGGAGAGGAGGUGACCGUGGAGACAGAGUCUGCCACUCAACCUGAGAAUCAGACAGCCUGGGGUACAGAGGUCUUUCCAACUGAUGUGUCACUUUUCCCAGUGAGUCCAUCUGCUUUUCCUCCAGCUACCACAGUACCAGAGGAAACAAGUACCAAUGCUUCCAUCAGCGAGGUGUCAGGGGAGGGGACUGAAUCUGGAGAGCAUCAAGUCAGUGGUGAAUCUUCAGCAUCUGGGUGGGUACCUGGAGUUCCAGAUACAAGUGGAGAACCACCUUCUGGAGUUAUUGAAUUCAGUGGAGACCACUCGGGGAUUGAAGAGAGCGGAUCACCAUCGGUAGACCUGCAUGCCAGUGGCUUCCCACCUGGAGAAAGUGGGCUGCCCUCAGGAGACCUGAGUGGUGUGUCUUCUGGUGUUGUUGUUGAUAUCAGCGGCCUGCCUUCUGCAGAGGAGGAGAUAUCAGUGUCUAUUUCAAGGAUACCAGAAAUCAGUGGGAUGCCAUCUGAAGUGGAAAGCAGCGGGCUGCCUUUUGGAGCGAGCGGAGAAAUCUCUGGCACCGAGCUAGUCAGUGGUGUGUCAUCUGGAGAGGAAGGUGGACUCACCUCUGGUUUUCCUACUGUCUCUCUUGUGGAUACCACAUUAGUGGAAGUUGUAACAACAGUGGCAGAACGGCGAGAGGAGGGAAAAGGGUCCAUUGGAGUCAGCGGUGAAGGAGAUCUGUCAGGGUUCCCACCCUCUGAGUGGGACAGCAGUGGUGGGAUCCAAGGCUUAUCCUCAGGAGCUGAGCCCAGCGGGGAGCCCUCUGGGGUACCCGAGCUCAGUGGGCUGCCCUCAGGAGGGGCUGAACUUAGUGGGUUGCCCUCAGGACUGGGUGCCAGUGGAGAAACAUCUGGAACACAUGAGACCAGUGGCCUGGUGGACCUGAGUGGCCUUACCUCUGGUAUUGAUGGAAGCAGUGAGGCCUCCGGCAUUACCUUUGUAGAUGUCACUUUGGAGGAAGUGACAACAGCCCCGCCAAUUAUAGGAGCAGAAACAAAAGAGACUUUGGAAACCAGUGGAUUGCCUUCAGGAGAUGAAGAUGGAUCAGGCAUGGUAUCUGGGAGUUUAGACAUCAGUGGUGAGCCUUCUGGGGAUGUAGAUUUUGGUGGGAGUGUUUCUGGAGUGCUGGAGGUGAGCGGUUACCCGAGUGGAGUGACGGACAGCAGCGGAGACGUCUCUGGAGUUGAUGUCACCAGUGGUCUGCUGUCUGGAGAGGAAAGUGGACUCACCUCUGGCUUUCCCACCGUGUCUCUUGUGGAUACCACUUUGGUGGAAGCUGUAACACAGACAUCAGUGGCACAAGAAGUGGGAGAAGGACCAUCUGGGAUGAUAGAAAUCAGUGGAUUUACUUCUGGAGACAGAGGACUAUCUGGAGAAGGUUCCGGAUCUGUGGAGACUAGUGGGUUUCCUUCAGGGGCAGGAGACUUGAGUGGAGAGCCAUCUGGAAUCCCACACAUCAGUGGAGACUUUUCUGGAGCCACAGAUCUAAGUGGACAGUCUUCAACAGUGACUGAUAUCAGUGGGGAGGCCUCAGGGCUUCCAGGAAUCACUUUAGUCACUUCUGAUUUAGUAGAAAUGGUGACAAGACCAACAGUGUCACAAGAACUGGGAGGGGACACUGUCACAUUUCCCUACAGUUUGGGGCCAAGUGGUGAAGCCUCUGCAUCUGGUGAACUAAGUGGAGAAACAUCUGCACUGCCAGAAAGUGCUCUAGAAACAUCAACACCUUAUGAAAUCAGUGGUGAAACAUCUGCAUUUCCUGAAAAUGGUAUAGAAACAUCCACAUUUCAUGAAAUCAGUGGGGAGACAUCUGCAUUUCCCGAAUUUAACACAGAAACAUCAACAAUUCAAGAAAUCAGUGGGGAAACCUCUGCAUUUCCUGAAAUUUUCACAGAAACAUCCACAAGUCAGGAAGCCAGGGGUGAAGCAUCUGGGUAUCCUGAAAUUAUCAUAGAAGCAUCCACAGGUCAGGAAGUUAGUGGGGAAACCUCUGCAUUUCCUGAAAGUAGCACAGAAACAUCCACAAUACAAGAUAUCAGUGGGGAAACAUCUGGAUUUCCUGAAAUUAGAAUAGAAACAUCCACAAGUCAAGACAUCAGUGGGGAAACGUCUGCAUUUCCUGAAAUUAGAAUAGAAACAUUCACAAGCCAAGAGGCCAGGGGUGAAAUAUCUGGCUAUCCUGAAAUUAGCAUAGAAACUUCGACGGUCCACGAAACCAGUGGAGAAACAUCUGCUUUUCCUGAAAUCAGCAUAGAAACUUCAACAGUGCAUGAAAUUAGUGGAGAUAGUUCUGCAUUUCCUGAAAUUAGAAUAGAAACAUACACAAAUCAAGAAGCCAGGGGUGAAACAUCUGCUUACCCAGAAAUUAGCAUAGAAACUUCAACGGUCCAUGAAACCAGUGGGGAAACUUCUGCCUUUCCUGAAAUCAGCAUAGAAACUUCGACAGUCCAUGAAAUCAGUGGGGAAAUGUCCUCUUUUCCUGAAAUUAGCAUAGAAACUUCGACAAUCCAUGAAACCAGUGGUGAAAUAUCUGUAUUUCCUGAAAUUAGAAUAGAAACAUCCACAGUUGAAGAAGCUCGGGGUGAAACAUCUGCACUUCCUGAGAUUAGCAUAGAAACUUCUACAGUCCAUGAUAUCAGUGGGGAUUCAUCUGCAUUCCCUGAGUUUAGCAUAGAAACACCAACGAGUCAAGAAGCCAGGAGUGAAACAUCUGCCUAUCCUGAAAUUUUCAUAGAAACAUCCACGGUUCAAGAAGUCAGUGGGGAAACGUCUGCAUUUCCUGAAUUUAGAAUAGGAACACCCACAAGCCAAGAAGCCCGAGGUGAGACAUUUCCUGAGAGCAGCAUAGAAGCAUCCACGGUCCAUGAAACCAGAGGGGAAGCAUCUGCAUUGCCUGCUGCUGACAUCAAAACAGCUGCCACAUCCUUGGCCAGUGGGGAGCCCUUUGGUACUCCUGAGGAGAAAGAGAUUCCUGAUGCAACAUCUGGAGCUGUGACACACUCUAUCUCAGGCAUUUCGAGGGAAACCUCUGUCCCAGACGUUGUAAUUAGUACCAGGACUCCAGAUGUUGAACCAACACAGGGACUCAGGAACCCUGAAGAGGCUCAGCUUGAAAUGGAGCCUUCCCCUCCUGUGGUGCCGGAACAAGAGACAGAGACAGCUCCAGACAAUCCCCAUCUGCUGGCCACCACCACUGCUGCCCUGCCCCAAGUCUCACAAGAAGCAGUUGACGCAUUAGGACCCACUGCAGAAGACACCGAUGUGUGCCACUCAAGCCCCUGUCUGAAUGGAGCCACCUGCGUUGAUGGCAUCGACUCUUUCAAAUGCUUUUGCCUUCCCAGCUACGGAGGGGACCUGUGUGAGAUCGACUUGGAAAACUGUGAGGAAGGCUGGACCAAGUUCCAGGGACACUGCUACAAGCACUUUGAAGAGAGGGAGACUUGGAUGGAUGCAGAGACCAGAUGCCGACAACAUCAAGCCCACCUGAGCAGUAUCAUCACCCCAGAGGAACAAGAAUUUGUGAACAGUCAUGCACAGGACUACCAGUGGAUCGGCCUCAGUGACAGAGCUGUGGAGAACGACUUCCGCUGGUCUGACGGGCACUCCCUGCAAUACGAGAACUGGCGGCCCAACCAACCUGAUAACUUCUUUUCUGCGGGCGAGGACUGCGUUGUGAUGAUCUGGCACGAGAAAGGCGAAUGGAACGACGUUCCCUGCAACUAUCAUCUCCCUUUCACCUGCAAGAAAGGAACAGUGGCCUGCGGGGACCCCCCUGCGGUGGAGAAUGCCAGGACCUUCGGUCGGAAGAAGGAGCGCUAUGAAAUAAACUCCAUGGUGCGGUACCAGUGCAACCAAGGCUACAUCCAGCGCCACGUGCCCACCAUCCGGUGCCAGCCCAACGGGCAGUGGGAGGAGCCACGGAUAUCCUGCCUCAACCCCUCCAGCUACCAGCGCAGGCUAUACAAGAGGAGCCCCAGGAGCCGGUCGAAACCCAGCGGCAGCGCCGUGCACAGACCCACCCAUUAGAGCGGGGCGAGAGAGCGAGGGGAACGAGAGAAAAGAGAGAUUUUUAACGGAACAGUUAUAUUAACAGAGUCGAUUUCUUCUUCUUCUUGUUGCUUUUUUGUCAUAUAAGGAAAAAAAAAAUAUAUUAAAGACAAACCCACCUUUGUGUAUAUAUAUAAAAAAAAUUGUUUUUCCAAGCACCAAAGCAAAACGAAUUAGAUCUCAGCAUUUUUACUAACCGUCCGGUUCCAAUUAUCUUUGUGCCUUUGGGGACAGGGAGGGGGGUGGGUUUGCAAAGGGCAGGGGGUUAAGUUAAAUAAUAAAGAUGAUUAUUUUUUCCUGAUUUUAUCCACGAACAAUGUAAUUAUUUCUGUUAUUUAAUCUCCAGGGUGAACAGCACCUUUUGGGGUUUUGUUUUAUUUUUUUUUUUUUUCCCAGAAUCCUUCUACUGCUGCAGCACGUCAGGACGGGUGGGGAGGGCCGGGGGGAUGAGGUGGAAGGAGCUGUGGGAGGAGGGAGGAGAGGGGAUGCUGAGACCCAGGAUCCAGGUGCUGGGGGCUGUGGCCCCUCUCUGCUUCCCCACUGCCCCCUCUGCGGUGCAGCGCCCGUCCCAGGACAACGUGCUCUUGCCAGGGGACCGUGCGGGGCACCAGCGUUCCCUGCACCUAUUUAUAUUUUUGAACAUAUCCUAUUUUGAAAGAAUGAUAAAUAAUAAAGAAAGCUAAAUCG